GUACCAGGAUUUCCAUGCUUUUGACCUCUCGGCAGCCACUCGAGUCCUUGAAUGGAUUGGUGACAAAGGAAUCUUUGUGGCUGGCUAUGAAAGCUCAAAAAAAAAUGAGAUUCUUCAUUUGAUGUUACCUCUCAGACUUUCUGUAAAGGAAAACCAGGGUUUAUUCCCAGAAAGAGAUUUCAAAGUGCGCCAUGGAGGAUUUUCAGAUAAGUCUGUCUUUGAUCUAAAGUAUGUGCCAGAUACCAGGUUACUGGUGACCAGUGGCCUUCCAGGUUGUUACCUGCAGGUAUGGCAGGUCGCAGAGGACAGUGAUGUCAUUAAAACUGUCAGCACUAUUGCUGUGAAUGAACAAGAAGAAAAUCUCUGGCCUAGAGUGGCCAUCUUUUCCUCGAUGACACCUGGUGUCCUCCAUGGGGUGAGGCUCAGUAGCCUGAAGAUUGUAGAUCUGGAAUCCCAGAAGACCACAUAUACCUCAGGUGUCAGUGACAGUGAGGAGCUGAGUAGCCUACAGGUCCUAGAUGCAGACACCUUUGCUUUCUGCUGCACUUCAGGCCAGCUGGGCCUUGUGGAUACUCGUCAGAAGUGGGCCCCACUGAAAAACGAUAGUCCCUGCUCUGGGUGUGGAGGAGAGAGGUGGUGUGCAGAAGCUGGAGGCCGCGACCCUGGGCCCAGCAUCGCCAGCCUUGGCUCAAACGGGCAGCUGUGUCUCAUUGACCCCCGGGAUAUUGUCCAUCCUGUGAGCUCAGUCCAGUGCCCUGUGUCUGCACCUAGUCCUGAUCCAGAGCUGCUUCGAGUGACUUGGGCCCCGGGCCUGGACCGCUGCUUGGCCAUCUCAGGUUUUGAUGGGACAGUCCAGAUCUAUGAUGUCACGUCUUGGGAUGGGACAGGGAGCCAAGUAAAACCUCUCUUCACUCACAGAGGGCACAUCUUCCUAGACGGAGACGGGAUGGACACUCCCCCACUGAUCACCACCCAUACCUGGCACCCCUGCAAACCGAGGACUUUGUUGUCAGCAGCAAGUGAUGCCUCUCUGCACGUGUGGGACUGGGUGGACAUUCGUGCCUCCCCUUGACACUAAGAGGAGGAGCUGCUGUAGUAACAAGGGUACUGGUGUCACACUCAAGUGACCCCAGGGCCCUGUUACCAGCUGUGUGGUCUUGGGCAUACCAGAUGACUUUUCUUAGCCCCAGUGUCCUUAUUUGUAAAGUGAGGAUAGUAAGCACCUCACAGAGCUGCUGGGAAGGUUAGAAGUAAGGUAUUAAGGGCCAGCCAGUGGUGCAGCAGUAACACAACACUGCAGUGCUGGACCCACGUGGGAGGGGCCUGGAUUCGCAUCCAAGGCCUCCCUUGUAAAUACAAUAAGACAAUGAAUAAAAUUAAAUAAUAAAUCAUUCUUUAAAAAGAAAAAAAGAAAAGAAUAGUUGGCAGGUGCUCAGUACAAUGAAUUACUUGGCAGUUACUGUUAGAUCUGGGAGCCCUGUUUCCCCUAAGUAUAAAAUGGCAGUAUUUCCUCCCUGUCUCCUUCACAGUAUCAUACUGAUAAUCAGAAGCGCUAAUGAAUGUGUUUUGUGAACUUUAUACAGAAAAAAAAAAUGUAAAAGGCCCAGAGACACUUUUUU